AUUGCGUAGGAAGCUACGUACUACACAGGUUAGCCACAUAUUUAGUUAUAUCUGUGGCGUGGAAGUCGUGCCCUGUGAAUGUAGAUGAAAGUGCAAAGCCGGUUUACGUAUUUAAUUUAGGAAAAAAAUGAACUUAUCUUUAGCAAAAAACGGCAUCGGAUUUACACUUCUCUACCACAUAAUAGUUGGCCUAUUUGGUCUUGCUGACAGUGGCGCUCUACAACUUACACAGGCCAAUUUAGACAUAACAUUAGCUUCCAAUGAGUUGGUUCUCAUCAAUUUUUAUGCAGAUUGGUGCCGUUUCAGUAACAUGCUGGCACCAAUAUUUGAUGAUGCUGCAGAUAAAGUAGCUGCAGAGUUUCCAGAACCUGGACAGGUUGUAAUGGGAAAAGUUGACUGUGAUAGAGAAGGUGCAGUUGCAUCAAGAUUUCACAUUACAAAAUAUCCAACACUAAAAGUAAUUCGUAAUGGCCAGCCCACCAAAAGAGAAUACAGAGGGCAGAGAUCGACAGAGGCAUUUGUUUCUUAUAUUAAGAAACAACUUGCUGAUCCAGUCAUAGAGUUCAAAAGCUUGAAGGACCUCCAGGACUUAGACGAAAAAAAGAGAGUUGUAAUUGGUUAUUUUGAUCGGAAGGAUGUACCAGAAUAUACUGUUUUUAGAAGAGUUGCAACUAAUUUGAAAGAGGACUGCCAGUUCUAUGUUGGCUUUGGUGAUGCAAGUGCACAGAUGCACCCACCUGGUCAACCAAUUGUUGCCUUCCGACCAGAUAAAGCACGUUCCAAUGAAGAAGAUGAGACAUUCAAGGGAAAUCUGAGUGUCUAUGAUGAAUUCAACAUAUGGGCAUCAGAAAAAUGUGUGCCGCUAGUCAGAGAGAUUACAUUUGAAAAUGCUGAAGAACUAACUGAAGAGGGACUUCCAUUUUUAAUUUUGUUUCACAAUCCAGAUGACAAUGAAAUAGUGAAAAAAUUCAAUGAUGUUGUCCAGUCAGAACUUCUAUCUGAAAAACAUUCCAUCAACUUCUUGACAGCCGAUGGCGUAAAAUUUACUCAUCCACUACAUCAUCUAGGUAAAACUUUGAGUGAUCUGCCCUUAAUAGCAAUUGACAGUUUUAAACAUAUGUACCUAUUCCCAGACAUCAAAGACAUGGAAAGACCAGGAAAGUUAAAACAGUUUCUAAAUGACUUGCAUACGGGGAAACUGCAUAGAGAGUUCCAUUAUGGACCUGAUCCUGUAACUGACCCACCACGAGUUGAUGGCAGUAGUGGAAGCAGUAGCACAACUAGCAAGAAACCUACAACACCACCAGAAUCAACCUUUAAGAAGCUAGCACCAUCUAAAAACCGUUAUACUCUGUUAAGAGAUGAAUUGUAAAGCAUUGUAGUGAUGAACACAAUUUUAAAUGUGAGUGAACGAUUGAAACUUUGUCAAGCCUGGUAAGUGGAGACAACAGAACUGAAAAUGCUACAGCCAAUAAAUGAGUGAACUAUUGGAUAUUGAACCUUAAUUUUAUUUUGUGUUAAAAAAGUAACCCUCAGACAGUGUUUUAGAUUUUGUUUACAUAUUGUUGAACAUGGAUGUAAUCACAUCACAGCUAAGAACCACAUUGAUGUCUCUUAGCACUUGACACUUGUGAAUAUUUAAAUUAAAUGUAUACAUUGGUAAAUUGGCAUAUGUCUUACUUUGUGUGUUGUAAAUGGGGUUGGCCACCGAACAGAGACAAUGAUCCUGACCUUGAACUUGUAAUUCUUUUUGUCCCCAAGAGUAACACUGAUAUGAUUUCUCCAGAUUCAAUGUGCAUAAAAUGAAUUUGUGUCAUUUUAAUCUCGCGUUUAGUGGCUAUUGGUUUCAAUUUAGAUACAUGCCUGCUAAAUACUGAUGGAUUGUGUAGUAAAAUAUGGAACUGAGUCAGCGUGGUGGAUUUGUCUGAAUGAAAUUUGCCACAGAUUGAGGAUGUAGUCAGUUUCACUAACUGGUUACUCAUGAAUGUUGUUAUAAUUGAGUGAUUGCUGUCCGCUUGUGCAAUGAUUGUUUUUUUCCUCUCCAUAAUUUAUUGUACUUUUAUAUGUUAUUACUUAGAGCUUGUUAUAUAGAAAUGGUUAUCAGUAAUGUCACUUUGUUGAAAAAUUAAUAGUCUAAAUUUGUAAUAUUUUGAUUUCAUAGAUGUUGUAUGGUGCAGUGUGUGUUUUGUUGAACAACUGCAGAGUGAUACUGAGUAAAUACUGCAAAUAUUGAAGGGAAGGAAAGAAAAAUACAUGUCCCCAAUUCAGAGCAAAGGAAAGGGCAGCCUCUGGCCGCUUAUAAUUCACUGUAACUGCCGAUAACAAAUUUUAGUGAUUUUAGUUCACAUACAUCUGAUGCAGAUAAAUAAAGUUACUUGAAGUACUGUAAAAAUAUUACUGAAAAAUUCAGUGUGUGUGUUUUGGAUUUAUAUACUAAUACUAUUAACUGUUCAGUUAAUUGAGAGCUGCAGUUUAGGAAACCAGUUGAUCUGUGAAAAAAAUUAUUUACUUGGCUGCCUGUCAUUAAUAAUAACAAUAAUAAUAAUAAUAAUAUAAUCAUCAUUUUCCUUCCUUUCAUGGUGGUCACACAACAGCAGCAAUCCUUGAGAUUGAAUAUGGUACAUUUCCCUUCACUAAAAUCUGAAAAUGAGGUCUACGUUUCCGUAAUUAAUUUAUUUCUCCGACGUA